GAGUGGCAUUGCAUUGGAGGUGUUCAUCACUCGUCACCAUCGUCGUCAGUCUGUCUAAUCAAACCUGCCGCUAGAUUAAGUACGACAAUGUAUUUACUCCAUACGAGUGGAUGAGCGUGUGAGUGUGCGCGCUAAAGACGUGUACAACUCAAACGCCGUUAAAGUUAACAGAGGGGAAAAUGGCACGGAAUUAUUUACGUCUUCUAACUCUCCUGGCGGUUCUGUUAAGUGCCCAAGGACAGACAACCCCGACAGCAUUGACAACACAUCUGCCAGUGACAGUACAGAUAACACCUUUGAUUAUUGAGUGUGCAGGAAGUGACUUCCAAUGUGCUGUUGAUAAGCGCUGCAUCCUGGGAAUCCUGUACUGUGAUGGGGUGGCUGAUUGUGCGGACCAAAGCGACGAGACUCCAAACUGCCAAUGCCGGUCAGACCAAAUCCGUUGUGGCGAUGGAACAUGCCUAGGAAUAGAAUAUGUGUGCGAUGGGGUCUAUGACUGUGGAGACUAUUCAGAUGAAAACAACUGCAUUUGCACUCCAAGCCAGUACAAAUGCAAUAACAGUAACACUGAAUGUUUGGACUGGAUCUACAUCUGCGAUGGAGAAACUGACUGUAGCGAUGGAUCUGAUGAAAGCAGCUGUGAAAAAGAGUGUUCUGACAGUGAGUUCCGCUGUGCCGAUAAGAAGCAUUGCAUCCCUGGACAUUUUUACUGUGAUGGGGAGCCUGACUGUGCAGACCAGACGGAGAAGGAGAUGGCUCUCAGCGCGCCGUCUGCCAACGGUGCGCAGGAGCGGAGAAGCGAGAGAAAGAGAGAGCAGCGCAAGAGCGGGACGCCAGCUCACGCGACGCGCCGCGGAACGACAGAAGAGAGCGGAAUGCGAGCUGUCCAGAUAACGAAGAAAUAA